AUGGAGGCAUGGUGUAGUGACCUGGUACCCCAAGUCGCAGACUUCUGGGCGCACAUAGUGUCCAACCACUCACCCCAGAAGAUCGAAUUUGUUGGAACGCUCCUCGUUCAGAUCUCCUUUUUUUGGAUCCCCGCUGUCUUCUAUCUACUCUUGGACAUAAUUGUGCCCUCAUUCUCUCACCGCCACAAGAUCCAACCAGCUCCCAAGCAGCCGACCCGACAAGACAUAGCUCGCUGCUUUGCCGUUGUCGCACAGAACCAGAUUCUCUCAUCUGUGCUGCACCUCGCCCUACUCUCCGUAGCAAGUCGUGCAGGCUCAGGCUCUUCAUACCGGAUAGAGAAAUCGCUGCCAAAUUUUGCUGAGAUCAUUCGUGAUGUGGUCAUGAGCCUAUUGAUGCGCGAGAUCCUCUUUUACUACAGCCACCGCUUGCUGCACAUCCCCUACCUAUAUGUGCGAAUUCAUAAGAAACAUCAUCGGUUCACAGCCCCUAUCGGACUGGCUGCUCAGUUUGCACAUCCGAUCGAACAAAUCUUCGCCAAUGCUUUGCCCAUUUCUCUGCCACCGCAGUUACUCCACAGCCAUGUGUUAACGUUCUGGCUUUUCCUGUCUUAUGAGCUAUUCAAUACCGUUACCGUACAUAGUGGAUAUGACUUCUUCCACAACAAGGCUCAGAUGCAUGAUCUGCAUCAUGAGAAAUUCAAUUUGAAUUACGGGUCGGUGGGACUGUUAGAUUGGGUGCAUGGUACGAAUAAGUUGGAGAAGAGGCGCUCUGAUUAA